AUGGAAGAAUUAAUUGAAGAAAAUAAUAUAAAAAUUGGAGUACUUGCACUUCAAGGUGGAUUUAAAGAACAUGUUGAAAUGGUUAAAUCAAUUAAACAUUGUUUUAGUGAAUGUGAAAAUAAAUAUAAAUAUUCAAUUAUUGUCCAAGAGGUGAAGUCAGUUUCAGAUAUUAAAAAAUUAAAUCCACAUGGUAUAAUUUUACCAGGUGGUGAAAGUACAUCAAUGGCAAUUAUCGCAUCAUCAAAUAAUGAUGGUGAAAAUAUUUUCACAUUUUUAAAAGAAUAUAUAAAACAAGGUAAUUUUAUUUGGGGUACGUGUGCAGGUUCAAUCAUGCUUAGUAAUAAUGUUGAUGGUCAAAAAGUUGGUGGACAAUCAUUAAUUGGUGGAUUAGAUGUUUUAAUUAGUAGAAAUUAUUUUGGUAGACAAAUUGAUAGUUUUGAAACAAAAAUAAAUUUAAAUUUAAAAUUUAGUAAAAAUAAUAAUAAUUCAAUUUUACUUGAAAAUUUUGAAGCGAUUUUUAUAAGAGCGCCAGCAAUUUUAGAUGUUAUUGAUAAAGAAAAUGUUGAAAUUAUUGGUGAAUAUAUUGUGACAAAAAAAGAUGGAACAAAAGAAAAAGUUAUUACUGCUGUAAAACAAAAUAAUAUAAUUGCAAGUGUAUUUCAUCCAGAAUUAACAAACGAUAAUAGAUUUCAUCAAUAUUUUGUUCAAUUAGUUUUAAAUAAUCAUUUAAUAAAAAUAAAAAUCUAA